AUGCGUCCCUCGCAAUCCCUAGUUGGCGCGGCCAUGUUGGCUGCCGCCAGCGCGGAGCAGUGUGUGUCUCUCAAGACCAGGACCGAGAUGAGAGCACCCCGGGCCAAGAGCCCACUACCACCAGUGACUGCGACGACGAGGAGCCAACCCAGCCCCUCCAAGCCCACCAGCUCGGACGACGAGGAUAGCACGAGCACUGCUGGCCCUGAGCCUUCUUCCACCGACUGUGAUGAGGAGACCCAGGGACCCGAGCCCUCGACCACCGAGGCGGAGGAGACCCCUGGCCCCGAACCGUCCACUACCGACUGUGACGAGGAGACUCCCGCACCGGAGCCCACCACGACUGAUUGUGAUGAGGAGACCCAGGGACCCGAGCCCUCCACUACCGAUGUAGAGGAGACUCCCGCGCCGGAACCCACCACCACGGAUUGUGACGAGGAGACCCAGGGACCUGAACCCUCCACCACGGAAGUCGAGGAGACCCCCGGUCCUGAGCCUACUACUUCGGACUGUGAUGAGGAGACCCCUGUGCCGGAACCCACAACCACGGACUGCGACGAGGAGACCCCCACACCCGAGCCUACUACCUCGGACUGUGACGAAGAGACUCCUGCUCCGGAGCCCACCACCACCGAGGUAGAGGAGACUCCUGCACCGGAGCCAACUGCUACCGAUUGUGAUGAGGAGACCCCCGCGCCGGAGCCCACCACCACUGACCGUGAUGAGGAAACCCCGCACCCGAGCCUACCACUACUGACUACGACGAGGAAACCCCGAAACCCCGCACCGGAGCCUACCACCACCGAUUGCGAUGAGACUCCCGCACCGGAACCCACCACCACUGAUUGCGACGAGGAGACCCCUGCCCCCGAGCCCACUACUACCGACUGUGAUGAGGAGACUCCGGCCCCUCAACCUACCACCACUGACUGUGACGAGGAAGAGGCCACGCCCACUCCCGGACCCGCUACCACCGAGGAAGAGGAGCAGCCCACUCCCACUCCCACCCCCAGCCCUUCCACCACGGCCCAGGAGGAAGAGGAGGAGCCAUCCACCCCCACCCCCGAGCCCGCGACCACCACCGAGGAAGAAGAGCAGGUCACCACCACCUCCACCACCUCUACCCCGCCCGCGGUGACCACCUACGUCCGAAACUACCCCGCCGACAUCGUCGAUCAGCUCCGCGAUGAGAGCAUGCAAAAGCUCAAGGACUACCUCGCCAAGAACCCUCCCAAGAGCGGCUGCACCCUGGAGAAGGCCAGCAUCCGGCGCGAGUGGGGCGACCUCUCCGACCCCGAGCGCGAGGACUACAUCGGCGCCGUCAAGUGCCUCCAGGCCCUCCCCGCCAAGACGUCGACCCGGGAGAUCCCCGGAGCCCGCAGCCGCUUCGACGACUUCGUGGCCGCGCACAUCCUCCAGACCAACUACAUCCACAACACGGCCAACUUCCUCUCGUGGCACAGGUACUUUGUCGCCGCGUACGAGAAGGCCCUCCGCGAGGAGUGCGGCUACGCGGGCGCCCACCCGUACUGGAACUGGGACCGCUACGCCAAGAACCCCUGCAUCACCACGGGCCCCUUUGCCAGCAUGAAGGUCAACCUCGGCCCCGGCAGCUCUGUCAAGUAUAACCCUCGCUGCCUCACUCGCGACAUCAGCACCGCGUACGCCAAGUUCACCACGGUCGAGUACUCGUACCCUCUGAUCGCCACCAGCAACACCAUUAGCAAGUUCCAGGACACCCUCCAGGGCAGGAACCAGGUGCACGGCGGCGGCCACUUCACCAUUGGCGGAGACCCGGGCAGCAAUGUCUUCGCCUCUCCCGGCGACCCAGCCUUCUACCUCCACCACGCUGGUGUCGACCGCAUCUGGUGGAUCUGGCAGCUCCAAGACCUCAACACCCGCCUGAGCGCCGUCGCUGGCUCGGUUACUGGCUCUAAGAAGACCGGUACCCUUGACGACUCCAUCAACCUUGGUGUCAACGGCGCGGCGAAGAAGAUCCGUGACAUGAUGAACACCAUGGAUGGAGACCUUUGCUACAUCUACUUGUAG